UUUGAGCCAUCAUAUCUUCAGCUUAUCUUGAUGAGACUAUAUAUAGGGCGUGCACAAUUCCAUCGAGAUAAGCAAGACACCGAAAGUACAGUAACAGUAGUACAGUACACAGAAGCGAUCGAGAUUUGUAUCUGAAGGGAGACAAUGAAGUACUCAUCAGGAAAUGAUAAAAUGACAAUUGACAUCGAAUCUCUGGUAAAGGAUGUGACGAUCUGCUGGCAGCGUGCCGAGGGAGCGAAGAGCCGAUCGGGAUGCAAGAUUCCGUCGCUUGAUCAGAGAGACAGGCCGGCUGCGAUGUGCAUCGGCCCUAACCACCACAAUCCCUUCUACCGCCAGAUGGAGGAGGAGAAGAAGGCGAUGCUCUACAGCAUAUUGACCCAGGUGGACGAGCAACACAAGGCUGCAGUGCUGACCAGAUUAAUGGACGCGAUCAAAGCCCUCGAAAACGAAGCAAGGGACCAUUACCUCGACCGCGCCGAGAGCAUGAGCAGUUCGGAGUUCGUGCAGAUGCUGGUAAUCGACGGGUGCUACAUCCUUGGCAAGUUCGUGCUGCCUCACUCCUGCUGCCCCAGCACUUCAGACGACGGGGCGCAGAACGGGAGUGCGAUGCAGAACAUGGAAUUGGUGCGCGACGUGUUCUACCGCCUGGAUAACCAGAUACCCUUCUGUGUCCUCGACGAGAUCCACAAGGUGCUCCAUGGUAAGAUCAUCCGCUCGUGCACGGCGGUCGCCGACGUGUUGGUAACCCACGUCGGGGAUCUGCUCGAGAACCUGAGCUACUCCAGGGUGCACGCACUCGAUGUUCACGCGAGCCCCUGGCACUUGCUUCACUUGCUGCACACGCGCCUCCAGCCCACCGCCGAGUGGGGCAGCGAGAAGCCUACCAAGGGCGCCGCUGCGCAUGUCGUCGUCAGCUGCGCAUCCACGCCCGGUUUCUACCGCUGGCGCCCAGCGACGCAGUACGACGCCGCUGGCGUGCGGUUCAGGAAGUUCGAUGGCUCCAGCUGCAUCCUGGACGUGAAGCUCGACGGCGCCACGCUGCGCGUGCCGUCGCUUGUGGUGGACACGAACACGUACGCCCUCCUGCGAAACCUGAUGAUGCUGGAGCAGCACAACCCAGACCAGCUCGGCAGCCACGUCACGGCGUACUGCGUCUUCCUCUCGCAGCUCGCCGGAACGCCCGGCGACGUCGCGCUGCUCGCGAGGAAGGGGAUCAUCGUGCACCUCCUGCCCAGCGACAGCGACGUCGCCGUGAUGUUCGCCGGCCUCUGCGUCGGCAUCACCAUCGGCAUGGACGAGCCCAAACACAACUACCUGCACAAGGAGAGGAAUGAUCUCGAGCGAAUCUACAACAGCCGCCUCAUGGUGCAACACACUAGGAACUGCGUGACACUGCCGCAUCGCAACCCGAUGCUGGUGGUCGCGCUUCUUGCCGCCACGCUUGGGUUAGUCUGCCUUCUUCUCCAGGCCAUCUAUACCAUGAAGAGCUACUAUUGUAAGGGACAUACAUCUUGACCGAGCGUUCGAUGCAAGACCAAACGUCGGAUGGUCAUAUAAUUAAGGAAGCACAGGAUGGCAUCACCAUCAUCGCCACGCCCACCGAGAUGUGAAGAGGGAGGAGGUUGCCGGCGGCUACGCGGGUGGCGACGGGGCAACAGAAGAGGAAGGAGGACGCCCGACGCCGAUGACACUGCUGGUGACGGCGGGGGAUGCUGAGGCGAAAGGGAGGACAGGAUGAGGUGCUAGCACUCUGCCGGCGGUGUUGAUUUAUUUCAGCUGUGGCCCAAUGCAAGCCGAUUCUCUCGGAGCUGAUCGGGAGGACGAAUUAGUCUAGCAGGAGUUUGUUAGAGAUGCAAAUAAGUCGCGAAUCAGUUGAUCGUGACCGAGUCGAGCGCUGGGAGUGGCGUGCGUGUGUGCGUGGAGUUCAGAAAAAGCGGAUCGUGGGAUGGCGCGAUUUUAGCCUCGGAUUCCAAAUUUGUUUGUUGAGUAUAAGUAGUUGUCUUAGCUCUUUAUUUCAGUUGUAAGGUUUACAUUCAGUUGAAUGAGAAAAACCCCAGAAAAUUGCCCCAUA